AUGAUUUUCCUUUCUUUCUUUCUUUCUUUCUUUCUUUCUUUCUUUCUUUCUUUCUUUCUUUCUUUUCUAUUUUUUCUUUCUUUCUUUCUUUCUUUCUUUCUUUCUUUCUUUCUUUCUUUCUUUCUGUUGCUAUCAUUUUUAUUCUAUGCGUUUAUUUUCUUAAUUAUUGUUAAUUUCUUUCUUUCUUUCUUUCUUUCUUUCUUUCUUUCUUUCUUUCUUUCUUUCUUUCUAUUGCUAUCCCCUUCUCCUCCUCCUACUCCAUUUAUAUUUCUUCUUCUUCUUCUUCUUCUUCUUCUUCUUCUUCUUCUUCUUCUUCAUUUCUUCUUCCUUCAUUAUUAUUUGUCGUUCUUCUUCUUCAAAAUCCUAGCACAUCAACAUCAUCAUCAUCAUCAUCAUCAUCAUCAUCAUCAUCAUCACCUUUAUAGCCUUUCUCCUCCUCCUCCUCCAUUUAUAUUUCUUCUUCUUCUUCUUCUUUCAAUUUAUAGUUCUUCUUCUUUCUACCCUUUUUACAUUUAUUUCUACAUACCACAUUUUCUCUGGUUCUUCUUUUUCUUCUUUUCCAUUAUCUUCUUCUUCUUCUUCUUCUUCUUCUUCUUCUUCUUCUUCUUCUUCUUCUUCUUCUUCUUCUUCUUCUUCUCUCCCUACUCCUCCUAUUAUUAUUUGUCGUUCUUUUUCUUCAAAAUUCUUACACAUCAUCAUCAUCAUCAUCAUCAUCAUCAUCAUCACCUUUAUAGCCCUUCUGCUCCUCCACCUCCAUUUAUAUUUCUUCUUAUUCUUCUUCUUCAUGUUUGUAUUUGUCGUCCUUCUUAUUCUUCUUCUUCUUCUUCUUCUUCUUCUUCUUCUUCUUCUUCUUCUUCUUCUUCUUCUUCUUCCUCCUCCUCUCCCUACUCCUCCUAUUAUUAUUUUUGGUACUUUUUCUUCAAAAUUCUUGCACAUCAUCAUCAUCAUCAUCAUCAUCAUCAUCACCUUUAUAUCCAUUCUCCUCCUCCUUCUCCAUUUAUAUUUCUUCUUCUUCUUCUUCUUCUUCUUCUUCUUCUUCUUCUUGUUUUAUUCUUCUUUUUUAUAUUCUCCUUUUUCUUCUUUUCCCUUAUCUUUAUGCCUUCGCCUUUUUUUAACUUCUUUUCUUCUUUCCAGUUAUUCAUUCGCCUGCCUCAUCAUCCUUCAUAUUCGCCUCCGAGUAGUCUCUUCUCUCAUCUUCUUGCAUGUCCUUCCAUCUCUGUCGUUUUUUCUUUCAAAUUUUUCUCGUUCAUCGUCAUCAUCACGUUAUAUCCCCCGCUUUCUUCCUUUCUUUAUCCAUUCUCUCUUCUUCUUUUUUUCUUAAUUCAUCUCUCAAUUUCUUCAUUUCUUUUCAUCUUUUUCUAUUUGCACCACCACCACCACCCUAUUAACAUCACCAUUAUCAUCAUGCUUACCUUCCUCUUCCUUUUUUUUAGUUUUUUUUUCUUCUUCUUGCAAGUCUAUUUUUCUCUUUCAUCUUUUUGCGCCUUUAACUUUUCUUCGUUUCUUCUUCUGUCAUCUCUUUCUUUCCAUUGA